AUGGCUGAAAAACGUGUUUUAAUCUUAGACGAUUGUCAAAUUUCAUCCAUAAUUACUGAACAUUCAUGGUCGGAUUUUAUUAAUGAUGAUGACGAUAUAGAAUUAUAUAUUUUUACUAGUAAUGGUGCAUUAUCUGAAAAAGAUAAAUCUUGUGCACGUAUUCGAGCUUAUAAAGAAGUAGCUCAUCCAACAACAGAUGGUACACUUGAAUUAUGGGCAUUUGAAAUGCAUAAAAAACAUUCAUUUACACAUGUUUAUACAAGAAAUGAAGAUUUAAUCAUAAGAACAGCUCAUAUACGUUCAUUGCUUAAUAUUAAUACUGGUUUAAAUGCUGAAUUAGUACCUGCUUAUCGUGAAAAAGUUCGUAUGAAAGAAAUUGCUUGUGAAGGUGGCUUUCCCGUUCCACCAUUUACUCGUUUAUAUGCACCAGCUGAUCUAAUUGGUUUUAUUGAAAAAUAUGGAUAUCCAGUUGUAGUUAAACCAACUCUUGGUUGUGCUACAGCUGGUCUACAUUUAAUAAAAAGUGCAGAUGAAUUAGAAAAAUUCCUUUCAUCGACACUUUUUACAUGUAUUGAUAUUGAACAACGAAUGGAUUUAGUUGGUGAAUUAAUGGUUGAAGGAUUUAUGAAUGGACAUAUGUUUCAUGUUAAUGGUAUUGCUAAAAAUGGUCAAAUUAUUUAUGCAUGGCCAUUUACUUAUCUUCAUACAUGUUUAGAUUUUUCACAACAAGGAAAAGCUUAUGGAAAUUCAUCUAUUCCUCGAUCAGAUCCACUUUAUGAUCGUUUAUGUAAAACUACACAACGUCUUCUAAAUAUUUUACCAACACCAUCUGAUAAUUUAGUAUUUCAUUUAGAGUUAUAUGAAAAUCUUGAUAAAAAUCGUUUACCUGAUGAUGAUUUUGUUCUUUGUGAAAUAGCAGCACGUGCACCUGGUGGUUCAAUAACACAUCUUAUAGAUUUAUUAUCAUUUCAAAAUGAUAAAAAACAAUCAUUUGCUCGAUUAGAUUUUCGUGCAAGUAUUUCAUUACCAAUACCAAAAUUAAUCGAAGAUAAUGAAGAAAAAGUUAUCACUGAUCUUAUUAUUCCACGUAAACCGGGUAAACUUAUGUAUAUACCACGUGAAUGUCCAAUACAUAAUUUAACAUAUAUUCCAUUAGCUGAUGUUGAAAUACCAACAAUUUAUGAAAAAUAUAAUAUUAAUGGUAUGAAUACUGUUUGCCGUUUUAUAGCACAUACAAAAACAAUGAAUGAAGGACAACAAUUAGUAGAACAAGGUUUUGAAUGGUUUGAAAGUGUUUAUAUUAAUACACCACUUGAUGAACCUUGUACAGCUACAUUAAUUAAAGAACUUCAUCGUUAUUUUCAUAGAAAAAUUUUUGUUUAA